UUCCCAACAUGGCCGCCUGCUGUGUAGCAGCAAGUGAGCGGCUGCUACAUAACGUGAAUAAACAAAUGUCAAUAUUGUGCCCGAAGGCUUCGUGUGUGAUUAGAAGAUUAAGUAUAUCAAGCUCACGAUGCCACAGUCAACCGCAGCCGAGAGCAAAAAGUGCUCCCCAGCAGCUGGUUGGAGUCGUGGGCUUGGAAAUCCAUGCCCAGAUUAACUCCAACACCAAGCUAUUCUCCGGCUCAUCGGUUCGCUUCUCAGCGCCUCCAAACUCACUGGUGUCAUUCUUUGAUGCAUCCUUACCUGGCACAUUACCCGUCCUGAACAAACGAUGUGUCGACGCAGCGGUGAUGACAGGAUUGGCACUCAGCUGCACCAUAAACAGGAAGUCACUAUUUGACAGAAAACACUACUUCUACGCUGACCUCCCUGCUGGGUACCAGAUCACUCAGCUACGGCGGCCUAUCGCAGUAGAUGGCAUGCUGACUUACUGCUUCCUUGGAGGAAAAAAGAGGAGCCAGGUGAUCAGAAAAACUGUCAACAUCAAACAGAUUCAGCUGGAGCAGGACAGCGGCAAGAGUCUCCACGAUGACCUCCGCAGCCAGACACUCAUAGACCUCAACAGAGCAGGCGUAGGUCUAAUGGAGCUGGUGAUGGAGCCAGACAUGAGCUGUGGAGAGGAGGCUGCUGCAGCUGUCAGAGAGCUUCAGCUCAUCCUGCAAGCCCUGGGCACCUGUCAAGGCAACAUGUCUGAGGGGCAGCUCAGAGUAGAUGCCAAUGUGUCCGUCCACAAACCGGGUGAGCCCCUGGGAAUCAGGGCAGAGGUGAAGAACAUCAACAGCGUCCGAUACCUGGCAAGGGCUAUAGACUACGAGAUACAGAGACAGAUCGAUAUCCUGCAGAGAGGGGGUACGGUGCAAAAUGAGACCCGGGCGUAUGAUUCCAAAUCAGGGGAGACUGUUCCUAUGAGGGACAAAGAGGGUCUUCAGGACUACCGGUUUAUGCCAGAACCCAACCUGCCCCCUCUGAUUGUGUAUGAGGAUAAUGCAUCGCUGCCGACUGGCAUUGAUGCGUGCCAGGUGGUGGUGGUGGAGACGAUAAGGAAAGGGCUGCCAGAGCUACCCAGUGUCAAAAGAGACAGGCUGGUACAAACGUACGGCAUCCUGCCCGAGCACAGCUUCACCCUGGUGAAUGAGGACGGGCUGGUGGAUUACUUUGAGGCAGUGUUGAAGGUGACCAAGAUGGGGCCGAGGAAGGUGAUCGGCUGGGUGACAAAGGAGCUGUUGGGUCACCUCAAACAGCAAGACAUGAGUGUGAGCCAGAGCCCUAUCUCUCCUUCUGCCCUGGCUGAGCUGCUGGAACUCCAGGAAACAGGACAUAUCUCCUCUUCAGUUGCCGGGCAGGUGUUCCAGGAGAUGUGGAAGUCAUCAGGCAAAACAGCCCUGCAGAUCGUCCAGGAGCUGGACUUGGGCCUUGUUAGUGACCCCGAACAGCUGCACAGCAUCUGCCAGAAGGUGGUGGACUCGAACCCUGAUGAGGUUAACGCCAUCAGGAAUGGAAACAAGAAAGUUCUGAACAAGCUGAUGGGGCUGGUUCAGAAAGAGACCAAAGGAAGAGCUGACCCAGUGUUGGUGAGGGCAAUUUUACAAGAGAAGACUUCAUUAAAGUCAGACUGUUGAUCACAUCAGAGUCAAAUCAUGGCAUGUGACCUUCAUGAAAGACAAACGAUACAACAGUGAUACUGUAGAUCUGUAUGAAAAGGAGAUGAAUCAUGACUGUCACAGAGCAGUGAUAUUUUUUGUAAAUACUAAAUCAUGUUUUCACUAUAGUCUGUAUUUAUAUGUUUAAAAAGUAAUAAAGCUUUUCAGAUUAAUA